AUGGGCUUAUCGAGUUUGUUAUAUAACACUAUUGCAACCCAAAUAAUUGAGUGCGGAUCGUUUUUAGUUGGUUUACCUCUAACUCCUAGAGAAGAUUUGGUAUUAAUAACAGGGGGAUCUAACGGUUUGGGAUUAGAAUUAGCUAAACUUUUUAAAAAGAAGGGUUACAAUAUAAUAAUUGCUGACAUCGCUCCUCCUCCCCAAGAUAUUUACAGUACGUCUAGUAAUUCACGUAUGAACAAUAGAGUCCUAUAUUUCAGAUGUAAUGUCAGUAAAUGGGAAAAUAUCAUUGAAUUAUACAAUUAUAUCCAGGAACAGCAAAUAGGAAUUGUAACGAUAUUAAUUAACAAUGCAGCUAUUGUUACAGGGACUAAACUUGAAAAUACUAGUGAUGAUAAGAUUGAAAAUACAAUAGGAACAAAUUAUGAAAGUUGCUUUUAUACAAUACAUAAAUUUUUACCAGAUAUGUUACUCCAUAAAAAGGGCGUCAUUGUUAAUAUAUCAUCUGUUUUAGGCUUAGUAUCGCCAGCUAAAUUAACCGCCUAUGGAAGUUCAAAAGGUGCAUUAAUCUGUUUACAUGAAUGUUUACAAAGUGAAUUAAUCGAAAUGAGGAAAAGUAGUUCUAGAGUAAAUUCCACCUCUAAGGCUCUAAUAAGUGAUUCAGGCUUUAUCAGAACUUUAUUGGUGUGUCCCGGCCAAAUUAAGACACAAAUGUUUGAAGGAGUUGUGACACCAUGCUCAUUAAUUGCUCCUGUUUUAGAACCUGACCGUUUAUCCAAAGACAUCUACAACGCGAUAGCACAUAAUAAAGGCAUUUUAAUGCUGCCAUUAUAUACCAAUUUAACUCCAUUAUUUAAGGGUUUAGCUUGGCCAUACAUGUCAAUAUCCAGAUUCAUUAUGGGUAUGGAUAAAAGUAUGGAUACUUAUAAAUCAAAAAUCUAA